AUGGGUGGGAUUGUGCCAUGGUCAAUUUCCCGCUUUCAUCUCACAAAUGUUCCUCUGUGCGACUUGCAGACUCUAGUCAAGUCGUUUGAAGUCACUGAACUGCCGGUGCGGUCGGCCAAGUUCAUCCCUAGGAAGCAAUGGAUCGUGACGGGCGCGGACGACAUGUUCAUCCGCGUGUACAACUACAACACCAUGGACAAGGUCAAGACGUUCGAGGCGCACACGGACUACAUCCGCUGUGUUGCCGUGCACCCGUCGCUGCCGCUCGUCAUCUCCUCGUCCGACGACAUGCUCAUCAAGCUGUGGGACUGGGAGAAAGGGUGGGCGUGCACGCAGAUCUUCGAGGGGCACUCGCACUAUGUCAUGCAGGUGGUCUUCAACCCCAAGGACACCAACACAUUUGCCAGUGCAUCACUAGAUCGCACCAUCAAGAUCUGGAGCCUGGGAUCUCCAGACCCAAACUUCACCCUGGAGGGGCACUUGAAGGGCGUGAACUGUCUGGACUACUUCACUGGUGGCGAUCGCCCCUACCUCAUUUCAGGCUCCGACGACCAGCUCGUCAAGGUGUGGGACUACCAGACGAAGAGCUGCGUGCAAACACUGGAGGGCCACACGCACAACGUGUCUGCCGUCUGCUUCCACCCAGAGCUCCCCAUCAUUGUUACUGGGUCUGAGGAUGGCACUGUGCGCAUCUGGCACUCCACCACGUACAGACUGGAGAACACUCUCAACUAUGGCUUGGAGCGGGUGUGGGCCAUCGCUUACAUGAAGAGCUCCAACAGCAUUGCGAUUGGCUACGACGAGGGAACGAUCAUGAUCAAAAUUGGUCGGGACGAGCCAGUGGCCAGCAUGGACAGCAGCGGCAAGAUCAUCUGGGCCAAGCACAAUGAGAUCCAGACCGUCAAUGUCAAGUCCGUGCCUGCAGACUUCGAGGUGUCGGAUGGCGAGAGGCUUCCACUCGCAGUCAAGGAGCUGGGCAGCUGUGACCUUUACCCUCAGAGCCUUCAACACAACCCCAAUGGGCGGUUUGUGGUGGUGUGCGGUGACGGGGAGUACAUCAUCUACACCGCCCUGGCAUGGCGCAACCGCUCGUUCGGGUCGGCCCUGGAGCUGGUGUGGUCGUCUGAGGGCGAGUACGCUGUGAAGGAGACCACCUCUAAGAUCAAGAUCUUCAACAAAAACUUCGUGGAGCGCAAGAGCAUCCGGCCAACGUUUUCAGCCGAGGGCAUUCACGGGGGCUCUCUGCUUGGAGUGCGGUCGAACGAGUUUGUGUGCUUCUACGACUGGGCUGAGUGCCGCGUGGUUCGCCGCAUCGACGUUGCCGUCAAGAACAUCUACUGGUCAGACAGUGGCGACUUGCUGGCUAUUGCAAGCGAGGGCUCCUUCUACAUCCUCAGGUUCAAUAGGGACGCAGUGGCGGCCUAUUUGGAGAGCGAGGCAGCUGGGGACGAGGGAGCAGAGGACGCGUUCGAGCUGCUGCACGAGGUGUCGGAGCGAGUGCGCACGGGGUGCUGGGUGGGCGACUGCUUUAUCUACAACAACUCAGCGUGGCGCCUCAACUACUGCGUGGGAGGCGAGGUGACCACCAUGUACCAUCUCGACCGCCCCAUGUACCUGCUGGGGUACCUUGCCGCCCAGAGCCGAGUCUACCUUAUCGACAAGGAGUUCAAUGUGGUGAGCUACACGCUGCUGCUGAGUCUCAUCGAGUACAAGACGCUUGUGCUGCGAGGAGACAUGGAGGGAGCAGAGGCCGUUCUGCCCUCCAUCCCCACCGACCAGCUCAACAAUGUGGCCAAGUUCCUCGAGUCCCGUGGGCUCAUGGAGGACGCACUGCGAGUGGCCACGGACCCCGACUACAAGUUCGACCUGGCCGUGCAACUGGGCCACCUUGAGAUCGCCAAGGAAAUAGCCGAGACAGCAGAGAGUGAGAACAAGUGGAAGCAGCUGGGCGACCUCGCUCUGUCAGCAGGCAACAUCGAGCUGGCUGAGAGGUGCCUAGGGGCUGCGUCGGACAUGAGUGGCCUUCUACUGCUGUACACGGCGCAGGGCAACCGGGACGGCAUCCGCCAGCUGGCGGAGAAGGCCCGGGCGGGCGGCAAGUUCAACGUGGCGUUCCUUUGUCUGUUCCUGCUGCAGCAGACGGAGGAAUGCAUUGGACUGCUCUGCCAGAGUGGACGAAUUCCCGAGGCUGCCUUCCUUGCACGCACCUAUGUGCCGUCCAAGGUGUCUGAAGUGGUGGAGCUGUGGCGGGCCGACCUCAAGAAGAUAAACGCCAAGGCAGCAGAGUCACUGGCCGACCCAGCAGAGUACCCCAACCUCUUCCCCAACUGGGCUCUUGCCCUUCAAGCAGAGGAGCAACUCCGGGCAGCCAGGGAGACAGAGGAACCAGCUCUGCGGUACCUGGAACUCAAGGAUAGCAUCAACUCAGACCCAGUGGAUGAGCUUAGAGCAGCAGCAGAGGAGGCUGAGGUGGAGGGGGAGGCAGAGGAAGCAGAGGCAGAGGCUGUGGCAGAGGGAGAUGUGGCUGAAGAGGCUGUGGAGGAAGUUGCAGAAGCAGCUGCUGAGGAGGACUUCGGUGAUGCAGACGCAAGUGGCGAGGCAGGAGCUGGAGAUGCGGAUGAUAUCGACGAUGACUGGGGCGAGGAAGACCCGUAG